GAAACGAUUGGUAUCUUAGCAACUAAACCUAGCAACUGGGGAAUCACCGCGUACCGUGGGGCACUGCUGAAAGGCCUCGGAAACUUUGCGCUCACGUCUAGCAGUUCCCAGCCUCCUGGGGAAGGGGCGAGUCAGUCGCCUUCCUUGCCAGGGACUCUGGAAGCCUCUCAUUCUGGUGAAAGUAGGAGGCAGCCUAGGACCAGAGGCCUUUCCUGGAGAAAAGGCUGACAUGCCCGUCCUAUAUGACAGAUUGCUGAAGCUAAAGGAAAUGUUUAACUCUAAGUUUGGAUCCAUUCCCAAGUUUUAUGUUCGAGCACCAGGAAGAGUCAAUAUAAUAGGAGAACAUAUAGACUACUGUGGAUAUUCUGUUCUUCCUAUGGCUGUAGAACAAGAUAUGUUAAUAGCUGUGGAACCUGUGAAAACACACAUUCUACAACUGGCCAAUACAAAUCCCUUGUAUCCGGACUUCAGUACUAACGCUAAUAACAUUCAGAUUGACAAAACCAAGCCUCUGUGGCACAACUAUUUCCUGUGUGGAUUUAAAGGAAUUCAGGAACACUUUGGUCUUAGUAACCUGACAGGAAUGAAUUGCUUGGUAGAUGGAAAUAUCCCACCAAGUUCUGGCCUCUCCAGCUCCAGUGCUUUGGUCUGUUGUGCUGGCUUGGUGACGCUCACAGUGCUGGGAAUGAACCUAUCCAAGGGCCUAAAAACACCAAACCUCAUCAGCAUUAACAACUACACAAAACUGGGAGGCACAGCCGUUGGGUGGAUGGGCUCAGAUUCAUUUAGCCCUUCCAGAGCUUGGGUGGAACUUGCGGAAAUCUGUGCGAAGAGCGAGCGUUAUAUUGGCACUGAAGGAGGAGGCAUGGACCAGUCUAUAUCAUUUCUUGCAGAAGAAGGGACAGCCAAGUUGAUAGAAUUUAGUCCCCUGAGGGCAACUGAUGUGAAACUCCCAAGUGGAGCAGUGUUUGUGAUUGCCAACAGUUGUGUGGAAAUGAAUAAGGCAGCAACUUCCCACUUCAAUAUCAGGGUGAUGGAGUGUCGGCUGGCUGCAAAGCUCCUGGCUAAGCACAAAAGCUUGCAAUGGGACAAAGUACUGCGGCUGGAGGAGGUGCAGGCAAAACUAGGGGUUAGUCUGGAAGAAAUGCUUUUGGUCACAGAGGAUGCCCUUCAUUCUGAACCCUAUAGCCCCGAGGAGAUCUGCGAGUGUCUGGGAAUUAGCCUGGAAGAAUUCCGCACCCAAAUCCUGAGCCCAAACACUCAAGAUGUGCUCACCUUCAAACUCUAUCAGCGGGCAAAGCACGUGUUCAGCGAGGCCGCGCGAGUGCUCCAGUUUAAGAAGAUAUGUGAAGACGCACCUGACAACAUGGUCCAGCUGCUGGGAGACUUGAUGAACCAGAGCCACAUGAGCUGCCGAGACAUGUAUGAGUGCAGCUGCCCUGAGCUGGACCAGCUGGUGGACAUCUGUCGGAAGUUUGGAGCUCAAGGGUCACGACUUACUGGAGCAGGAUGGGGAGGCUGCACAGUAUCAAUAGUACCUGCUGACAAGCUGCCCAGCUUCCUAGCAAAUGUGCACGAAUCUUACUACCAGAGGAGUGAUCGAAGCUUAGCACCGGAGAAACAGAGUUUGUUUGCUACUAAACCUGGGGGUGGGGCUUUGGUUUUCCUGGAGCCCUAAACAAUGUAAAACAUCUCAGAGAAACUAUUUGGGGCAUUUAGGAACUGGCAGGACUUCCCAUGCCACAGUAAAUUAAUCCUCUUUCUGUUUUGUAUUAUGAUGAACAGUUGCUAUUAUCAAGAUGUAUUUCCAAAGAAAUGGUUGAAAGCUCUCUAGGCUUCAUAAUGAUUAUUUUUCCAUCUUAAAAUAUGUUUGUACUAUUACAAGCCAAGAUUAUGCUUGGGCAGAUCUUUUAAGAAUGAUUUACUGAGAUUUAUUGAUUUGAAGAUUUUAAAGAUGAAUGGUAAAACACAUUCAAUACUGACUUCAUGGAUUGGACUUGAAUUAAACAUACUGCUACAAUUAAACUGAUACAACUGAACUGUA